UUCAUAAAAAUCGAAUAUGCCUAGAACAUUCUCAAAAACCCUAACAUGAGCCCGGAGACUGUGGACCGUCGAUGCGUCCCAUCAACGGUGUUUAAUCCACAGCGCCGCCCUAGUUUUUGCGUUUUUGUGUGUGCCCUGGGGUUUUAGGCGCUGCUGCUCGUCCGCUCGCGAUGGCUGGAAAGAAGGGGCCCGGUUUCUGGUCGGAUGUCGGCAAGAAGACUAGCGACCUCCUGUACAAGGAUUUCUCGGCCGAUCAGCGAUUCAGUCUGAGCUCCACGACCUCCACUGGGCUGACUUUCUCCUCUUUCGGCGUCAAGAAGGGGGACGUCUUCGAUGGAGAUUUCACCACCACUUACGUCUGCAAGAACGUCACGGUGGAUGUGAAAGUGGACACGCAAUCGAAGAUCUUCUCCACUGUCAAGGUCGAUGAUCUCGCUCCGGGGACCAGGGCGAUCUUCAACUUCAGUCUUCCGGAUCAGAAAUCUGGAAAGAUGGAGCUCCAGUACUGCCACCAGUAUGCCGGAGUUACUGGCAGCGUUGGGCUAGCUUCGUCUCCCGUGGUGGAAUGCACCAGUGCCUUUGGUAGCAACGACGUCGUCAUCGGUGGAGAGGCCGCGUUUGACACUGCGUCGGGGAAUUUCACCAAGUACAACGCUGGAGUUGGCAUCAACAAGCCCGAGUUUACGGCCGCGGUUGUCGUAGCUGACAAGGGUGACACCCUCAAGGCCUCGUACUCGCACGUCUUGAGCCCGUUCACGAGGACCACCGUUGGAGCUGAGAUAUCCCACAAGCUGUCCACCAAGGCGAACACCUUCUCCAUCGGUGGGAUGUAUGGCCUGGACGCGCUGACGACGAUCAAGGCCCGGUUGAAUAACCAUGGACGCAUCGCGGCCGUGGUGCAGCACGAGUGGAGGCCCAAGUCCGUUAUCUCGAUGUCAGGCGAGGUGGAUACCAAGGCGCUCGAGAAAAGCGCCAAGCUCGGCCUGGCGCUCUCCCUCAAGCCAUAGCCGCGGCCGCUAACGCUUAUGUAAAUUCAAAAUUUUUGCGGAACAUCGAAGUAUUUUUCCAGCUUAAAAUAAGUUCCUGUGACAAUUAUCUUUUGUUAGUUCAAUGAUAAUAAGCUUCUUCA